UAAAGUCCCUGGGCAGAUGUGCUCUGCUGCAGGUAUUGAGUGCUAUGACAAGUUCUAUAACGGGGAGAGAAUACGGCUUAAUCCCCAAGGUGAGAGGGAUUGGAGGAUCCUGCAUGUGGAUGCUUACUCUGCAGGAAAGGGGGGGAAAAGAGUGGGUCCCACACUCCCUCUGCCUCAUCAAACAGCGAUUGGCUCCUGCAGGGUAAAUCUCCUAUCACAGAGCUUACCUGCAGCGUCCCCACUGACGGGAGAGAGAGCAGGGAGAACAAAGCCAGGUGACCCCCACACUCAAAAUACAGGGAAUUGCCUACGAGUGUGUUUUUGUGUUUUUUUUUUUUUUUUUUUUCUGUGUUUCUGUGUGCGCACCUACCUGUGUAACUUUGUGAGUAUGUGUGGGUACCUCUGGCAUCUCUGGUUUCGUAUACGGUGUUAAAUUACCCUGUGGGAGCUUUAAUAGAGCUACAGACACUCUUGAUUGUGAGUCUGGAUGAGGCAGAGUGAAGGGGGAAGCAGAGUGGAGCUGGAUAGAGAGGGCACAACAAUUUCUGCAGAGCUGGGGACGCGGAGUACUCACGGGACUGAAUCCAGAAAUAGUGCAUAGUAGCCUGAAUGAUAACCAGGAGGAGGGAGGCCCUCUCAGGAUCUUCAGCGUGGCACUGGUUGCAGUGUCUCCUCUGUCUCCUGAACCAGGCUGAUAGACGGACGUGUGGUUAGCCACAAGACAGGCGAUGGAGGUGCCACUUGUUAAUUUUGAAAACAUGGACGAUGUUGGCAUCAACCUGGGGGACCCGAACGACUCUGGGUACCCAACCUCACCCCCCUCGGAGGCCCCCGAUCCGAGUCUUCUAACGCGGCGCUUGACGUCCCCUCACCAGUCGCCACAGAGAGGACGACGUGGGCAUCACUCUGCACAAGAGGGUUUGUCACCCUCCACUCCUCCGACCCUGACCACUAAAGCAAACUCCAGCAGUGGCAGCUUGAUCUCUAAUCUGAAGCUCCUGAUCAACAGCGAGUCUCCCACCGACAGCGUCUUCAGCAAGAUGGCAAAGGAUUUUUAUGAGAAUGAAGAUUUGUUUGAAAAGCACUGCAUGGAGGAAAAAGAUGAGAAAGUUGUUAUUAAUAUUUCGGGACUGAUGUUUGAGACCCAGCUCAGCACCCUGAGUAAGUUCCCAGAGACGCUGCUCGGUGACCCCAUGAAGAGGAUUAGCUACUUCGACCCAAUGAGGAAUGAAUACUUCUUUGACAGAAACCGUCCAUCUUUUGAUGGGAUCCUCUACUUCUAUCAGUCAGGAGGGAGAAUCCGCAGACCAGCUAACGUCCCCCUAGACGUUUUUGCUAAUGAAAUAGUUUUCUAUGAGUUGGGUCAUGAGGCGAUGGAGCAGUUCCGUGAAGACGAAGGAUUUAUCAAGGAGCCCGAAGUCCUUUUGCCCACCAAUGAACUCAAGCGACAGUUCUGGCUCCUGUUUGAAUACCCCGAGAGCUCCAGCGCAGCCAGGUCUGUAGCGGUGGUUUCUGUGCUUGUUAUUGUCAUUUCCAUCUUCAUCUUCUGCCUGGAGACUCUGCCGGUGUUCAGGGACGACGGUGACAUUGUCACAGGCGUAACCCAAGUUAUUAAUGGCACACAAGGCAGUUCAGCCUCUUAUCCCACAGCUAAAGACCUGGUGACGUAUUUCACAGACCCCUUUUUCAUUGUGGAGACUAUCUGUAUCAUUUGGUUCUGCUUUGAACUCGGCGUUCGCUUCGUGGUGUGUCCCAGCAAAAGUGAUUUCUUCAAUAACAUCAUGAACAUCAUCGACAUUGUGUCUAUAUUUCCCUACUUUGUGACCCUUGCAACAGAGCUCGCUACGACACCUGAUGACGAUGUGAACUCUGGUCAGAACAUGUCUUUGGCAACCCUAAGAAUCAUCCGACUAGUGAGGGUCUUCAGAAUUUUUAAGCUCUCCCGACACUCAAAGGGGCUUCAGAUAUUGGGGCAGACCUUGAAGGCCAGCAUGAGGGAACUUGGGCUGCUAAUCUUCUUCCUUUUUAUAGGAGUCAUCCUGUUCUCAAGUGCCAUCUACUUUGCAGAAGUGGAUGAGCCCCAGACACAGUUUGUUAGCAUCCCCGACGGCUUCUGGUGGGCAGUAGUGACGAUGACCACCGUGGGUUACGGAGACAUGUGCCCCAUCACCAUGGGCGGCAAAAUGGUUGGCACCCUCUGCGCCAUUGCUGGUGUCCUGACCAUCGCCUUGCCCGUGCCCGUCAUCGUCUCCAACUUUAACUAUUUCUACCACCGUGAGACUGAGCAAGAGGAGAAACUGGUGAUGGAUGCAGCAGGAGAGGCUGCCCAGAAAACGGCAGCUGCUAACAAGUGUGGCAGCACACUUUCGCUAAACAAAAGCAACGGCACCUGGCAAAACGAGAAGAACGGCGUGUACUGACACAGUAUGUGUUCUCACGGAAGAACACAUGAAGAGCACAUGCGGACAAAUCAAACAUAUCCGUUAGUGAGAUACACCUGGUGAUCAGUUCAUCUUUCUCACUGUUUUGUACUCCAAACACAGCAGCAGCAUUUGUGCAGAUAAUUACAGUAUUAGCGGCAACUGUGCGGUGAGACAGCAUUUACACAAGUUGUCUACCUGCAUGCAGAUGUGUCAAAGUGCAAUUAACACAACUCAGCAGCUACUAGGUCGGUUAACUUGGGAGAGAGCAUCUGGAAGGUAUAAUUGUCUUUCAUCCAGUGCAAUUUGAAGAAAAAUGUGUGUUUGUGCUAGAGACAAACGUUUCACCUUGAGAAUAUAGAUGGUUAAAAAAAAUAAUAAAACAGUAUAAGCAUGAAAGGUUAUGUAAGUUGUACUCUGGUCUGUAUUAGCAGAGUAAGUUUAUCCCACGGAAGAAAAUAAAUCCACAACAGUUUUCAUAAUAGUAGUCCUCUAACUGGAUGUAUACUCAUAUUACUUCACGGUUCCAUGUUAGCCUACGCUUCAUUAUAUUCAGCGAAAUGUAGAUAGGGACUUGGCAUGACUUUCAAGGACAGGCGAAUGCGUCCAGUGUAAGACAAGAGGACAUCGGCGUGUACACUGUCGUAUCAGCAAAUCUAUGGCUGUGAACGCUCCGCCAGCAGCACUUCUCCAUAUGACACAGCGCAGCGAUAUCCGUGUGAUAAAUAGUUGACACGUUAGCACAUCUGCUAUUAAUCUUGUGGAAUGGCUACAAAAUAUGAAUUAAACCCGCUUCCUGUAUGACGGUGCAUGAAGUAGUUGCAUGCAGCUCUUUAAAUCACAGAUUGUUUCCAUGGCUACCAUCAGUUGUUUGGCAUUUCGCUCAAAAGAAUGCAGAUUUAGCUGCAUAUGUGUCCAUUAUAAUGUGAAUUUACCCUUUAAAAAACCAUAUCACUUCAUUGCACUACGAGCUUUGCUCCACAUAUCUCUUGAGCACUUUGGAGCUUUACGUCAUCCACAAUUGGCAGGGAAGAUAUAUUUGGUAGAGUGUACAGGAACGUGAGACAAGAUAUAUAGACGAACCUCUCUUCAUUAGUCCUCUCUUUUAUCGUUGCAUGGCAAAGUGUGCCGAAAGGAGGUCCAACUCUUCUGAUCAGUAAAUGAAAGUUUGACAUUUGGCUGAAUGUAUUUUUAUUUUCUUAUUUUAAUCAUAUAGCGACUGUCAUUAUAUUCCACGUGAAUGGGAAAGCCAAUACCUUCACCGGAUUUGUGAGAUGGGCACGACAAAAAGAGUACUAUAUAUGCAUGCCACAUUUCAACCUUGAAAAUGUACUGUAUGUGAGUUUAUUAUACAUGUAAACACAGCUUGUAUUGAUUAUCAGUGGAUCUAGUUGUAACUCAGGCAAUGCCUUCCUAAUAAUCCUUGCAACGAAGAUGGCGUGUGGGUGCACACAAGUAGACCUAUGCGUUUUUGCACCCGAGAGCAGUUACCUGUAUUUAAAAUGAAAUGCAAUAAGGUGACACGAGUUGGUCACUUGGAUACCCAGCACUUUACUAUGUUAUGAAGCUCUUAAUAUGUGGGGACUGUUGCUGUAUGUGUCAACACUGUACAGUAGACAGUGUCAUAAUUUGCUAUGUUUUAUUCAUCCUGCAAAGAGUGCCUUUCAUUAAACAUGUAUCCUGAAUGUG